GAUAAGAGCUUUCGUCAAAUGAGAAACCCAACUUCAAUAUAAAAGCCAGUGCAUGUACAUAUAUGAUAUUAGUCUGUGUAUACUUGUAAGAUGUUACGAAGUUUCACUUUCUAUCUUCUUUUCUUUGCUGGUUUCGCAUCCUUCCUGCGACCGGCUUUCUUUCUUGACCCUCGGAUCAUAAAAGGUACGAUAGUUGACAUAAGCCAGCAUCCUUAUCAAUUGAGCCUCCAGAAAGAGAUCUUUCAAAAUUCAUUGCAUAUUUGCGGGGCUACCAUCAUCAGUAAUAAAUGGGUUGUUUCUGCGGCUCAUUGUGUAAGAUCAUCGUCUAACAAUUACAGCCUCAACGCAGGAAGUAACAACAAAUACGAGGGCGUCUAUUAUAAAGUUAAAAGGAUUAUUCGACAUCCAGCUUACAAUGACUUGACAAUCGAUUACGAUAUUGCCCUUCUCGAAGUCGACGGCGAAAUCAGAUUUAACGAUAGGUUGCAGCCAGUGAAGCUGGCGGAAAAGGAACUCGCGGAUGGUGUUAUGGUGAACGUUACCGGAUGGGGUAUGGUGAAGCCAGGUGGAAAAAUGUCACCCGUUUUAAGAAAAAUAUCGCUUCCGAUCGUAGACAGAACAACAUGUCAAAACAGAUACAAAAAAUACCGUAGCAUCACCGACAGAAUGAUUUGCGCGGGUUACAUACAGGGUGGCAAAGAUUCGUGUGAAGGUGAUUCGGGCGGGCCGCUCACUGUCAAUGGUAUUCUCUACGGAAUCGUAUCCUGGGGAUACGAAUGCUCCAAGCCGUUUUAUCCCGGUGUUUACACCAAUGUCGCAGAUCUUCGCUGGUGGAUAAAAUGGAAGAGCGGUAUUUAAUCUUUGACAAUUGCACACGUCUUGAGAUUGCAUGUUAUUAACAAUCUUAGUUUGCAAGCGUAAAAUAUUAAAUUUAUAUAAUAAAUGCGUAAGAGAUAUUUGCAAGAUUUUAAUCAUUAGAGCAAAAACUUUUUUAUAUUCUACAGACAGUGUAUAUGUAAAUAUAUACAUUUUGCAAUAUCUGAAAACGAAUGCAAACAAGGUUGUUAAACGAAUUCAAUGAGCUGUCGUAUUAAAUAACUUUGAUUACGAAAAAAGGUGUAAAUAAUAUUAUAUAAUUACAAUGACAUUAAUUGGGAAAUAAAUAAAUUAAAAGAAAUGUUAUAAUGACAAAUAAAUAUUCACAAACGACAUGACCGAUAUUAUAAAUUACAUAUGUAAUCCAACAAUAAGCUUCAAUGCUUUAAUUUAAGACCAUAAAGAUAAAAAAAAAAAAAUAUAGCGUUAGUUCAAAAAUAUAAAACAUGUCUUAUGGUUAUUCUCUCUUUGUACCGCAGGCAUUCAAUUAAUUAUCAUGAUCUUAACAUACUUGUAUCAUUAUCAACCAAUUGAUAGGAUAUCAUUUAUAUAUUAUAGAGUUGUAUAUGCCAGAUAGAUUGACCCAUAAACAUUAUCUCGUAAUGGAUUUAUGCUUUUCAUGUGUAAUCCUAAAUUAAUCGCGCGAUGUUUUUUCACAUUUUCAUGAUAACGCAUUGUAAUGAUUUUAGACGUAGAUAACGCGAUA